AUGCCGGAAACACAAGAUUAUUCCCCCGGAACCAUGGAAGGUGGCUCUGAUCUAAGGAUGCGUCAACAUGUGGGCUCGUAUGCCACAGAUGAGAACAAUCCAGUCAAUGGUGCUAUCGCUGCAGCCAUUAAAAGAGAGGCUGAGAAAGCAGAAAGGGAGGAAGCAAAAAUCGACAUGGAUAAAAUGGAGCAGUCUCACCGUUUGGACAACUUGCAGAUUGCUUUUUCAAUCAUAUUCGAUAUUUCCGUCUUGAUCGGAGUAAAGUACUUCAAGAUCGAGUCCUUGACAAAGCUUUAUACAUUGCAGUAUAAAUUUCCGGACUCGGACACUUAUGACCGCGGAAUGGAUGAUGCUUACGUGAUAAUCAAUGUUAUGGUGAACUUGAUGAUGGUGAGAAGUAUUCUCAUGCGUUUUGUGUUCUCUCCCUUGGCCCACGCCGCAGGUAUUCAUAGCUACAAGGCCAUUCAGAGAUUUAAGGAGCAAGUAUGGUCUCUAGCGUAUUACAGUAUCUCAUGGAUAUUCGGCUUCUGUAUCUACUGGGGUUCCGAUUACUUUUUCAGCACAUCCCAAUUGUAUGCCACCUGGCCACACAACCACAUGUCAUACCUAUUUAAAAUCUACUACCUAAUUCAGACCGGUUGUUGGUUGCAGCAGAUUAUCGUGCUUAAUAUCGAGGACAAGCGUAAGGACUACGUCCAGAUGUUCUGCCAUCACAUAAUCACAUCGAUGUUGUGCAUUGGCUCCUAUAUAACAUACUUCACAUGCCCUGGCCACGCAAUUCUAUUGCUUAUGGAUAUAGUCGAUGUGAUUCUUUCUUUCUCGAAGAUAUUGAAGUACUCUGGAUUCGGACGCAUUUGCGACUACUGCUUUCUUGUAUUUAUGUGCAGUUGGAUUGUCUUGCGUCAUGGUUUCUACAACUACAUUGUUUACUUCAUGGCCUUCAAGUCCAGACCUCUAAUGAACAGAGAUUGCUCUCGUUUUCAGCCGGGUUCCGAUGAAAUUUGCUACACUGACGCCGAGAUUGACUUGUUCGUUUUCCUUUUAUCUGGAUUGCAGGUCAUCACCAUCAUAUGGCUGGUGAUGAUCAUCCGGGUUGCCAUUACUGUUGUUAAGGGAAGCCCCGCUGAGGAUGUGAGAAGUGAUGAUGAAGAUGAAAAGGAAAAAGAGCAGUAA